CAUUGCUACCGCGCUCAACCACGAACUCAAUCCACUCAAUGCCCUUUUAUCUUUUGCUUGCCUCUCUCUCUCUCGCCACAAACCGUUCUCACGAAGGAGAGCAAGACAAAAAUGAUCUCGAAACAUCAAGGCCGUGUAUCUGCACCCUCGCCGACUGCAACGCCAGCAGACAAAAUUGGAGGCCAUAUCCUAACGUUCAACUCAUCCGCAAACCUCUUCGGGCAUCCGGAAACAUCUCUCUUUGAGCUGUUUAUCAUCUUCACACAUAUGCAUUCUCUGUACUCCCAGGCACCCAUUUCAGAUAAACAUGCACAUCGAUUUUCCUGCACCCAAGCAGCAGCCAUGGGCACGCGUAAGAAACGCAAAGACGUGUUCAUGAAGGUGAACCGUUUCCAGCACUUUGUCGAUGUGGAAUGGUGAGAUGCGAGUGUGAUGAUGACGCCUUCGUGAGGCGUGGAAGCGUGCGGCGAGGCAAUGGCUGUGAAGAACCACAUUCAUCAGAUCUGCUCUUCGCGUGAGGUUCAGCGUAAUAUGCGAUGCCUCUGCCGCAAUUGGCGAGAUGGCGGAGAUGGAGAGCGCAAACUUCCGCGAGACCCAGCGGAUGGUAAGGGAGUAGACGAUAUUUGCAGACGUGCUCGUGCAGCGCAGAGCGAUGACGAACGCUGCCCCCGCAGGUGGGAGUGAAGACAGACCAAGAACGACAUCCAGAUCUUUCUGCUGUGCUGCAAGCAGACGCUAGGGAUCAGUUGUGAGGUGGCACCCAUCUGUGCGGACAACACUGGGAUUACAUCGUACAGCGCGACGCCUGACUUUCUAGAGCAGGGAUGAAUUGUGAAGAAGCUGGUGGGGCUCUUCAAAGAUAUUAACUCAGAUUGCUGCAGCUGAUACACGAGGUUCAGGAGAAGUGUAAGGUCAUCGACACAUCGAUCUUGUUGCUGUAGUCACCGAUCUCGAUCUCUACGCAGGAGGCUGCCGGGCGUUUUUUUCUUUUGCGCAGGUGGGGGACUACAACCCCGAGGACCAGCGAGACAUCGCGCCGCACCCGUCCUCCGGGAUGAGGGAGGAGAGCCGGAUCAGGACGCACGAGUCGGUGGACAACUACCAAAAGUCUGUGCUCGCAACGAUUCAUGGGACAGGGCACACUCGCUGUACGAGAUGGGGUGCAAGCCGCCCAAGAAGCUUCUGAAACUUGUGCGCCUGACGCGCUCCGCUGGGAUCCGCAAGAAUCAGUUUCAGUUUGGUGAGGUGAUCAUUGGGCGGUCUGGCAUGCUUGUGGAGUUCAUGACGACGCGCCUGGAGGUACCUUGGCGAGCAGCUCGCAUUCACGGUGGAGAACGUGAGGAAGUUGAACUAGACGAAGCCCGAGUUCGUUCACGUUUCCGCGGACGAGGGGUGCUACCCGACGUCCGUGAGCAUAUGUCUGGAUAUUUGGCGCGCGCUCUGAUUGACAGCGAGAUGGAGUCAAAGAAAGGGCCGCAGUUUUGGGUGGACAAAGUAAAGGAGUACUUCGGCAUUGACACGAGCAGCCACGAUAACUUUGAGUGCGUGCAGGAUAUGCAAUGUCCGGGUUAUGGAUACGAAGGGUUCCUUGGGUACACAACCUGGUUUAUCUUUACCGCACAGCUGAUGAAGAUUAUCCCGAAGGAAAUCGGAGACCACAAUGUGAGCAAGUGUAUCCUCAACAACGAUAUGGCGCUAAUCGUGGAGCAGCAGCGCUGGACGGUGGAGAACAAGGGGUACAUGUAUCCGACGAUGAUGGACGUUGCUGUGAAGGUGAUGGUCACGCCACCAACGAGGAAGUACUUUUGCGCGCCUGGAGCGUCGCUACCUGUGCAACAGGGCCUAGGCGAGAAUGUGUGCCUGCUAGCCAUGUGCUGUGCUGCUGAUGGCGAUACUGUGCGUGGCGAAUGCUUCCCUCCUUUCCCUGAUCUCCGGGCUUUCCAUGUGACUGUCGUGCUUGCUCUCUCGCUCUUUGCUUGGCAUUCAUGCCUGUGUAGCGGGCGUGCAGUUUCUGCUGUGCACCGUGUAAGUGUGUGGGGCGCAGGCAUGUCUUGCCUGGCUGCCACUGUGUGUAUGUUGCUCUGUGUGUGCAUGACUGAGCUGGAAAGCGGCGCAAUGUGUGUCGUAAGCUGUACUACUACUCUAUGUGCGUGUGCUGCACCGCUGCUGUGCCAUUCACUGUUCGUGCUUCUGUGCCUAUCCGCGCUAGACCGCUGUCCUUGA